AUGGAAAACACAGAGAAACUUAGCUUCAAAGCCGGUGAGAUCAAGGGCCAAACCCAGGAAAAAACAAGCAGUAUGAUGGACAAAGCUGGCGAUGCUGCACAAUCUGCCAAAGAGAGCUUGCAGGAGACUGGUCAGCAGAUGAAGGCCAAAGCUCAAGGGGCUACUGAGGCAGUCAAGGAUACAAUAAACAACAAAUGA